GAUCCAGAGAAGGAGAAAGCCGAAAGAGAAGAAGAAGAAAGAAGUGAGACGGCGAAUGGCGUCGAAAGCGACCAUCAUCGCAGCAGGACGAAAGACAAAGAGGGAAGCAAAAGAUCUUCUGGGAAGUCGUCAAAGAAGCAUGACAAAGAAAAGUUAGAGGAAGACACGGAAAACCGAGACAUCAACAGCAAUUUAGUGGAAAAGAAUAAACAAGAGACUAUUGACGAACCGAUCGCCACGCCUGUGGAGAACUCUAAAAAAUACGGCAGUAUCAAAAUGGCAAACGCGAAAGAUACCCGUGCAGCAUUCUCGGGUCUUAUCGAUAAACCUGUGCUCACUGAUGAGCUGCUCGCUCGUCCUCCGUUCAGGUUCAUUCUGGACAUUGUGUCGUCGACAGCCGCAAAAACUGGUUAUUUACGAGAUCGCUUCUCUGUGGAGGCCCUGAAUCCUGCCAAAUUCAAAGAGAAAGCCGACAAAACUGCGUUUCUCGAUUCGCUGAUUGAAGCUGUCAAUGAUGGCUCGUUGCCUACAAUUAAAUCGGCGAAAAUAGUUGCUGGCAAGGAACCGGAAUUGACAAACAUGCUCUUGAUCAAAUUGGCAGAACAAGCGCGAGGGUUCCAAAGCGAACAAAGCCAGGCUAAGAAGAAGCGUCGGCCUUCCUCCAUCGAGGAACCAAAGGAAAAGUAUGUGCAACGUGCUGAUAUGAGACAAAGCAUUAAGACAGGGCCAGUUCGCUCGGGUUGUGCCGUGCACUCGACUUCCACUCAAAAUAGAUGA